GCCUAAGGCGGCGCGGGCGAAGGCGGCGACCCAGACAUCUGGGACUGUUGUUGUUCCCUCGCCCCACGCCCGCCUCAGUCAGCUCGAGCUGAGAUCCGGAGCUGGUCUACUGGGGAGGCUGGCGGCAGUCUCCGCCCUCUCUCCCGGUUCGCUGAAGCUGCGGCAGGAGCUGGUGCUGACUGAACGGCUCCCGGUGGGUGUCCGAUGCCCUUCGGCAAGGAGGGGGCGUCUGGACCCUGGUGAGCGCACCCAGAGCCCCCCCGACUCAGUGUCUUCACCCGCCCCUCGGGCCGGCACACCCGUGUGUCUGCCAUGGCUGAGAACGCAGAUGGGGACCUGAACUCUAACCUGCUCCACGCCCCCUACCUCACCGGGGACCCCCAGCUGGACACGGCCAUCGAGCAGUGGCUGCGUUGGGACAAGAAUCCCAAAACGAAAGAGCAAAUUGAAAAUCUCUUGCGGAAUGGGAUGAACAAAGAAUUGCGUGAUCGACUUUGUUGCCGGAUGACUUUUGGGACUGCAGGACUUCGAUCUGCCAUGGGAGCAGGGUUUUGCUACAUUAAUGAUCUUACAGUAAUACAGUCAACACAGGGGAUGUACAAAUACCUGGAGAGGUGUUUUUCAGACUUCAAGCAGCGAGGCUUUGUUGUUGGGUAUGACACUCGGGGUCAAGUAACUAGCAGCUGCAGCAGCCACAGGCUUGCUAAACUCACUGCUGCAGUGUUGCUUGCUAAAGAUGUUCCUGUUUACCUUUUUUCAAGAUACGUUCCUACACCUUUCGUACCAUAUGCAGUCCAGGAGCUCAGAGCAGUUGCAGGUGUGAUGAUUACUGCAUCGCACAACCGCAAAGAGGACAAUGGAUACAAGGUUUAUUGGGAAACUGGUGCUCAAAUCACAUCUCCACAUGAUAAAGAAAUUCUGAAAUGUAUAGAAGAGUGUGUGGAGCCCUGGAAUGGUUCCUGGAAUGAUAAUUUAGUAGACACCAGCCCACUGAAGAAAGAUCCUCUCCAGGACAUUUGUAAGAGAUACAUGGAAGAUCUGAAAAAGAUCUGUUUUCACAGGGACUUAAAUUCAAAGACCACCUUGAAAUUUGUACACACCUCCUUUCACGGAGUUGGACAUGACUAUGUGCAGUUGGCUUUCCAAGCAUUUGGUUUUAAGCCUCCAAUUCCAGUCCCAGAACAGAAAGAUCCAGAUCCAGACUUUUCUACUGUUAAAUGCCCAAACCCUGAAGAAGGAGAAUCUGUGCUGGAACUAUCCCUGAGACUGGCAGAGAAAGAAAAUGCCCGGAUAGUGCUAGCCACAGAUCCUGAUGCAGACCGGCUGGCAGUGGCAGAACUUCAGGAGAACGGUCACUGGAAAGUUUUCACAGGGAAUGAGUUGGCGGCUUUGUUUGGGUGGUGGAUGUUUGAUUGCUGGAAGAAAAACAAACCCAAUGCUGACGUGAAGAAUGUUUACAUGCUAGCCACCACUGUCUCUUCUAAAAUCUUAAAGGCCAUUGCACUAAAAGAAGGAUUUCAUUUUGAGGAAACAUUACCAGGCUUUAAAUGGAUUGGAAGUAGGAUAAAAGAUCUCCUAGGACAUGGGAAAGAAGUCCUUUUUGCAUUUGAAGAGUCUAUCGGCUUCUUGUGUGGAACCUCAGUGCUGGACAAAGAUGGAGUAAGCGCGGCUGUGGUUGUUGCUGAGAUGGCCUCUUUCCUGGAAACCAGGAAGGUAACACUGACAGAGCAGCUGGCCAAAGUUUAUGGAAAAUACGGUUAUCACAUGUCAAAAACUUCCUAUUUCUUGUGUUAUGACCCACCUACCAUCAAAACUAUAUUUGAAAGGAUUCGCAAUUUUGAGUCUCCAAAGGAAUACCCAAAGUUCUGUGGGACAUUUGCUAUCUUGCAUGUACGGGACAUAACCACUGGAUAUGACAGCAGCCAGCCUAGUAAGAAGUCAGCACUGCCUGCAAGUAAAAACAGCCAAAUGAUUACAUUUACUUUUCAAAAUGGCUGUGUUGCUACUCUUCGAACAAGUGGGACAGAACCAAAGAUAAAGUAUUAUGCAGAGAUGUGUGCAUCACCUGGCCAGAGUGACACUGCCUUACUGGAGGAAGAAUUAAAGAAGCUCAUUGACGCUCUGAUAGAGAAUUUUCUUGAGCCCAGUAAGAAUGGACUGAUCUGGCGUUCUGUGUAGGGCACAUCAGUACGUUACAACUUUGCACUGACAUGGAAUGAAGAACUCGUCACAGUGAACCUCGUGUUGGAAUUCUGUCAUCUGCCAAGUUACCUUUCCCCUUCCCCUUCCUUCCUUAGUUCAGCCGGCUAAAUAGAUGCUAUACAUUUGAAAUGGGAAUGUUUGGAGGAUAUGAGUCAAAUGUUUUCCUAAUCUUAAGUAACAGUCAUUACAUUGAAAGUGUUCAGUGACACAGCAUUCCUCCCAUGUCACAAACAGUACAAAAGUGAGUUUUCUUAUUAAACUGUGGUUAAGCUUAGUUACGUAUCUUGUAAUUGUGUAUAGCAUGGUUUAAAAGAAACAUACAACUAUAGGGUUAGUUAAGGAAAUUAUUUCGUAAAGGUGUGUGUGUUGCUGAGGGUACUGUUCCUACCCAUUGUAGAAAAGUAUCAUGUCAUGAUGUAAGUAUUGAUUUUCCAGUUAGAAACCCAGCUUGUGGAACAUUCCUGUAAUUAUAACCCCCAGGAGGCUGAGGCAGGAGGAUCAUUAGUUAGUUUAUGGCCAGCCUGGG